ACUUAUUUUAUAAAUUCUAUAUAGUAUAAACCAAGUAGGUAUAUUAUUAUAAUUACUUGUGCAGUAAAUAAGGUCGUGAGAUGGACGCGGGUGGCGAAACGGCGCGCGUGAAGCAGGAACCCGAGUGGGUUUUUGACUACGUUGUUAAGGAGGAAGCAAUAGUCACGAAUGAGAGUGGGAAGGAGUGGUCGGACAGCGCGGCCGGGCGCGGCGUGAGCGAGGCAGCCAUGCUGGCCGACUUGUACAUCAAGCAUGAGGUGAAGGACGAGCUCGUGCUGGGGCCGGAGUGCCCGCACCGCCCCGUAAUCGACCUGGAGAUACAAGGCCGGGCGUUAGCUGCGACGUGUGUGGGGGAACCGGGCCGGUCUGAGAGCCUCCACGACCACGCUAGAGGGACCUUCACCACCACUACAAACUAUGAUAUACAACACGAAGUGCACAUCAAACCCGAGGAGGAUCUCACGUGCGCUCUCUGCGGAGACAGUUUUGAUUCCAAACCUGAUUUAGUGAAACAUGUCGCGGUACACAUUCAUGUUCCCGCGGAGCAGGAAGGCGAUGAUGUCAAAAGCAAAGCCCAGAAACGAAAGAAACCUAGCGGCCCACUGAAAACUUACCAAUGUGCCCACUGCGCAUACACAACCACUAACAGACUAUACUUCAUGAAGCAUUUCAAACAUAUGCAUUCGAAUGUAAAACCUUUCAAAUGCGACCAGUGUAGCUACGUCACCAGCCAAAAGGUUAACUGGGUCGCUCAUGUAAUGAGACACACAGGCGAAAAGCCAUACAAAUGCGAACACUGCACUUUCGCUUGCACCCGCAAACACACUUUGAAACAACAUUCAAUGCAACACACCGAUGACAAGCCCUACAAAUGUGAUCAGUGCAAUUUCACUUGUAUCCAAAAAAUCCCAUUCCAAAAUCAUUUAAGGAAACACUCUGGCGCAGAACCGUACAAAUGCGACCAAUGUUCUUACACCUGCGGUUACAAAGGUACUUUGCGAAUGCAUCUAAAGAAGCACACUGGUAUAAAUCUUCACAAAUGUGACCAGUGUAGUUUUGUUAGUGGCGACAGAACAACUUUUCAAAAUCAUACAAUGACACACACUGGUGAAAAACCUUAUAGAUGUGACCAGUGUAGUUAUGCAACUGGCCGUAAAAGUUAUUUAAAAUAUCAUCUACUGACACAUACUGGUGAAAAGUCGUUUAAGUGUGGUCAGUGCAAGUACGCUAGUGCCAAGAAAAAAUCAUUGCAGCUCCAUCUGAUGAAGCACUCUGGACUAAAGCCAUACCAAUGUGAUCAAUGUAGUUCUUCUUUUAGUAGAAAAGACAGUCUACUAGGCCAUAUGAAAAAACACUACAUUGACGAAAAGCCUUACAAAUGUAGCGAGUGUAGUUACGCUACUUGGCAAGAAUAUUUUUUCCAGAUUCAUAUAAGGAAACAUACUGGUGAUCGGCCCUUCAAAUGUGAUCAGUGUAGUUAUGCUAGUGCCCAAAAAGGUGAUUUACUUGACCACAAACGAAAACACUCAGGAGAACAGCGUUACAAAUGUGACCAGUGUAGUUAUACUAGUAAUUAUAGAGGCGGCCUGCGAACCCACAAGAAAAAACACCUAACAGAAAUGCCUUACCAAUGUGGCCAGUGCAGUUACGCUACUACGUACAAAAAUAGUUUUGCUGUUCAUGUAAAGAGACACAAUGGUGAAAAACCAUACAAGUGUGAUCAUUGUAGUUAUGCUUGUGUACUCAAAGCUACGUUGCUUGCUCACAAACGACAACACACAGGUGAUAAACCUCACAAAUGUGGGCAGUGUAGUUAUUCUAGUUAUCAGAAAAAGGAUUUGCGAGUACACGAGAUGAAACACGCUGGUGAAAAGCCGUUCAAAUGCGAUAAGUGUAGUUAUGCUGGCUACCGUAAAGAUACGUUGGAAAAACACGUAAGGGUACACACUGGUGACAAACCUUACAAGUGUGACGGCUGUAGUUAUAGUUGUCGCCGAAAAGAUACCUUGGAAAAACACGUAAGGGUACACACUGGUGACAAACCUUACAAGUGUGACGACUGUAGAUAUAGUUGUCGCCGAAAAGAUACGUUGGAAAAACAUGUUAGGAAACACAUGUUGAUUAUAAAGAUGCCAAGCGAAUGCAAUUCUCUUUAAAACCAUGACAGUUUUUAAGUUGGUGUAUUAUGCCCUUAACAGCUACGUACUCUGAAGCAUAUUAUUGUAUUAGGAAUCAGCAAAUCGGGAGUUAUUCCCGCUAGUUACCAGUGGAAACUACUAGGAAUUGUUAUAUCUAUAUCUUACGGUUUAUAUUUACUUCAAAUAGAACAAAUAAUAUGUAAUUUGUUGUAUACACCCUGUUUUCAUUGAAUUCCGUUAACUUUAAGGGAAGGUUCUUUAGAUCAAAUAGAACUAAUGGCUC